AUGAUAAAAGGUUGUUUUUCAUUUUUUCAUACUGAUGAAAGUAAUCAAGAUACUUUAAGUGAUACUUGUUUUGAGAUUUCUAAUGAAACAGUUAACAAAAAAUAUGCAGGUAUAGAUAUUUACAUCAAAGCAGCGGAUAUUAAAAACAUUUCUCCUUGUUCUUCUCAAGACAUUCAGUUGGAAUCGGUUCAGAGAUAUAUUGUAGAAAAUAAAACCACAAAACAAUCACUGUGUAGGACAAAAUACACUGUAUCAAUUAAAGAUAAGAAUUGUCGAGAAAAUAUCAAAAACAUUGACUAUUAUUGCGACUAUACUAAACCAAACGUACUGUUUUUUCAAGAUUGUAUGUCGGUCGACUGUUCAAGUAUUGGGGAAAAGGGUAAUUAUCUUCAUAUAACUGAUAAAGUAAAAACAUAUUGGUAA